AGCAACCAGCCACAGCCAAGCUUCGAGAGCCCUUGGGUCGUCCUUUACCGCUGUAGUAGAACCAUUUGCCAAUUAGUUUUUUUCCCUCAGCGCCUUGGUCUAGAUCUAGGAAUUGGACGACUUCCGACUUUAUGUACUUAUUUUUAUUUGUUCGUCAUUAGCGUUGUCUCCGCGCAAAAAUUACCGGUACUUCUGAACAGCAAGCAACAUUAAAUGACGGAUGCAAGACAGCGCCUCCCGACCCACGAUCUAGUAGUGUGAACAAGGGCCUCCUGGGCGAUGGCACUGGUCUACGCCGCUCACAACACUCCGCAAGACCCGGCGCUGCGCCAAGCCAAGGAGCUAGUCGUCUCUCACUACCUCGGCGAGCAGUUUGAAACAAGCGUCAGCGAUGGCUGGGGCGAAUUUCUGGAGAUGCAGCUGCGAAACGUGCAGCACGAACGGUGUGGGCUGCUCCUCCAGUUCACCAAAGAGCUGCUGAUUGCGGUAUCCAAUGCAAAUAUUUCCGUGUCUGGAAAGUCGUAACGCUAAAAAUGCGUGGAUCAUAAGCAGGCUGCAAUGUUAUAAUUAUUGGGAAAUAUUUUUAAUGCCGCGUGACAAAGUUUUCAGUGCCCACGCCCAGGUAUUGUGUAAAUCGCAUGACAGACUGCGUUUCUGCUUAGCAAACCGAUGCAACUGUAGCUCAAGAACUUUCGUUUAUUUAUACAAUUCUUUCCUUCCUGUUGGUGUUCUUAAUGUCCUCGUCGACACAUGACAACAAGCCAGGUAAAGAUUUUCCAGAUGAACCGGAUAGAUUCGCAGUGGAUCAUGCGAGGCAGAGUCGAACAAGGGCGCGCUCACGAGUGGCUCGGACGAGGACGCUACGGCGCUUCGGCGGGACGCCGGCCGAAGCGGAUUUUUGCACCAGAAGUUGCCGCAAACCACGCCAGGGGGAAAGGGGUCGCCGGGGAAGGUGGCCUACCGAGCGCUUCUCCAGCGAAUUUUGCAGCCGGGAACGAAAUCAAGUUUCCAUGGCAGUUGGGUGUCCGAGCCUCUGCCUCUAGGCUUGGUGCCCCCCUUCACCGAGGACGAGCUGCAAUUCCUGGAACAGAAAAGGAAACGAGACAAGCGCGGCAUGCAGGUGCUCGCAAGCGAAGCCACCCUGCAAAAAUUCUGGAACGAACUGCGGCAUUGGGAGCCGCCCUCGGUAACGGAGUCACUUGAUGCGAGACUGCACGCGGCUGCAGAACUCUUUCGGGCGUUGUGGACGGCGGGAAGCGGCAGUACGACGAAACCGAAGGACGGUCGAAAGUUGUUGCGCGACAUGCCUUUUUACUUGUACGAGUUCUUCAUCGACCUCUGCGAGCUUUUCGAUGCUUUUAUGAGAGUUCGCCGCCUGCUCCCGCUAUCCUCCCCUUGCAUUUUUGUCAUGCAAAAUCCCUCAUGCUGUCUUGCGUGCCUGUUUGCGUGACAGGUGCUUCUUCCGGAAGCCGAAACGCUCAUGCACUGGUCACGCACAACCUCCACUUGUCGUGUUGGCGUUUGUAUUGAUGUUUGUGCCAUGCAAAUGGGGGGGGAGCGGAGGGGGGUUGUGCACUCUCAUACCUUUUUUCGAGGUCCUAGAAGACGUCAAAGCAGUAGUCGGGCUGGGCGCAGUAUGCAUUACAAAUACGUCUGGGUCUCGAACAUAGGAAAUUGUCAUACUGAUCCUGGAGUAGACGAAAAUCUGUAUUGCAUAGUCAGCAACAAUCAAGCGUGCGCUUUUUGCCUCCUGGAAAGGGCAUCUCUCAUGCGGGCUAGGCAUGCGCUGGAUGAAGACCAGACCGUAUUGCAGGAGCAGGUCCGAAAAUUGCAUGGCGAAUCUCUGCAUUCGCACGCCCUGCCCUUAGCCUUCCAGCACGACAAAUUUCUGUAUUCUUGUUGCAGACCCAGAGACAUUUGCAGUUCAUACACAGUAGUUCCGUUGGCGUGGGCCGUUUCCGGUGAAAAUUGGCCCAUUAGCAAAGAACAAGAUGGCACGGCGGUAGCCAAAAAGUCGAGAUCGGUUGCGGAGCGGGACCUGGACGAUGCGCGCCUGCUGGUACUGUGCGAUUUGAUGCGGGCGGACCUUACGGAGCUUUUUCAGCAGUACGGGAAACCUUUGUGCUGGCUCGCACACACCGUGGAAUGGAUUCUGUGCAAGUUUCGCAAAUCCAAAAAAAAUGACCAAGACUGGAAAGACGCCGUCCUUGCCGCACCGAAAGCAACCUUGAAGCUAGUGCCCUCGUCCUCCUCUUCUUCUGCCGUCAUAAAGAAAGCCGACAAGAACAGAGCGCUGUCAAAACCUGUUUCAGUAGCUGCAUCGUUUAGUACUUCCGCUUCAUCGGCGUUGCAGCCGGCGCUGAAGAUCAAGUCCAAAGCUGCGGCAGUGCCUACUCGGUUAAGAAUUGCAGCAAAUGAAGUUGUACUUCUACUUAUCCGAUACUGAUGGCACCACAUUGCGUUCACAUACAAAAAAUUAGCUUGAGACCAUAAAAAACGGAAUUUGUGAUGCUGAUGUACCUGAAAAACGAUAUUUUUCAUUGGUGAUCAUUGCGAUUAUUACGAGGAGUACCGGGAUAUUAAGAAGUAUUACUUUUGCACAGCAUACCACCGCACUCAGGCAGCGCGGUCUACAGCUCGGGGAUCGACGUCCUCAAUAUCCCUCUUGCCAGUAGAACAAGGACCGGUAGUACAACGCCCGCAGAUGAUGUUGAAACGGGCUACGAAGUUGUUGCAGGAACGCGAUACGGCGUCCGCAGGAAAAAACUCACCCCCGUCGGCAGAGAGCGUUGUUGCAAUAAAAGAAGCGGAGAACAAGAAGUCUUCGAACUACAAGCAGCUCCCCGCCGCGGCUCCCGUUGCACCUGCAAACGCCGUGUUGGAGAAGAACGCCAGCAGUUCCUCGAGAACCGCCGAGCGCGAGCUGUGCAUCCUGCUGUGCGCACUUUGUGAAGACCCGAUCGCGCACGUCUACCUGGGAAAAUGCUCGGCCGGGAAGGCGGGCGUUCGCUUGCGAAUGGAGGAGGUCGGACGGGGAGGAGGAGUAGCUCCCGGUCACCAUCUCGUCUCGAUGGGCGAUGAAAAGGAGCAAAGUAUAAGUGGCGAGAACAAUAUCGAGCGACCCUUGCUAGUAGCUGCACCACUAGGUGACGUAGGAGUCCUUGUAUCUGCGUCCAGGAGCACGUCGAAGGCGGUAGAUCGACGAAAUAAAUCCCAGUUCACUACGACUGUCGGCGUACACAGUUCCGACGACCAGAAAAACUGGGAGCGGAUUCUCGCGUGGGCUCCGGAGAGGAAGAUCCGUUGUCCAUGCAGGAUGGACACGACAGAGGACGAGGAUGACUUUAUUGUUGACGACGCGGUGGAGAAGACUCUCUACAAAUUCCGAAAAGGCCAAGACUUGAAAUUGGACGAUCAGGAAGAUGGACAUGAUCUUAACGUCGAUGUUGAUGAAGAAUGAAAUUAUAAUUCAUAGUCGAUCAUGACAAUAUGGUAAUAUCAGGAUCAACUCGUCUGCAAUAUGCAUUUUUCGGAUGAAAACUCAAUGGUGUGUGUCACAGCACGUGCUGCAAAGAUAACUGUACAUAUAGUGGAGAAAAGUACUCAUAAGACA